UAGUAUUAGACAGAAUGUGGAAUCAAGUAUUGAAAAAUUAACUGUACAGUUAGCUUGAUAAAUUAGUUCAAAAGAGUAUACUGAUAAUGUAUCUCCUCGUUAUUGCGGGUUUUCUCAUUUUGUGUCACCAUUAUGAUUCGACAUCGGCAAGUCCAAUUGUUGGAUUAAACGUUCGAUUUGCUCAAAUCGAUGAAUUCCCAUAUGUCGCGUCGAUUAAGCGUUCUAAUAUUAAUAAUAUCCAUCCGGAAACUGAUCAUCUUUGCACGGGAGUUCUUGUAUCACCUAGAGAUGUUUUAACCGUUGACCACUGCUUUUAUCUUGCGUCGAAUCAACAUGUCGAAAUAAUCAUUGGAAGAAAUAACAUAAGACAUGGGAGAAUAUUCCACGUAUCUUGGUGGAUGUCUUAUAAUGAAUGGAUCACUGUUCGUCAUGUGACACCACAAUAUAUAAAUAAUGACAUUACUAUGAUAAGGUUAACAUCAAUGGUACCCUCAUCUAUAAACCCAGUGAGUCUCUGGCCCUUUCCGGAUAUAAAUUUAUUUGGAAAAACUGCUACUGUUGCAGCAUUUGGUACUUCGGAAUUCGGUGUCAGAACUCGAUUGAUGGAAACUGCUGAAUUAAAAAUUAUAACGAGAACCGAAUGCCAGAAUAUAAUCGAGAGAUUUCAUUCAACAAGAUAUCAAAUUAAUGAAAAGUAUCUGUGUGCUCGCUCAACUCCAUUUACCAUACUUACCAAUGAUAAUAGCGGCGCUGCAGUUUUGUUUCAAGACAUGUUAGUAGGUAUUCAUAGAGGCACAUAUCCUGAUCAAACAUGGAAUAAUCAUGAAGAUAAAUUAACUGAAAAUGUCAAUGAGAUGAUAGUUCCUGCGGAAUUAUCUCGUAUACCAGACACAAUGUUGGGUCACUUAACCGGUGUAGUUGCAGCAUUCGGUAGAGAAAUUCGAGACCACAUUUCUAAUUUCAUGGAAACCGCUUCAUUGAUAGUUCUAUCGAGACGAACAUGUGAAACCAGAUUACGGAGAAUGAGAGAAGAAUUUAUAGUCACGGAGAAUGUAGUGUGCGGUGCUAAUAAGCCAGUUGUAUUAAUGAGCAAAGGCAACAGAGGAGCCCCACUCAUCCAAAAUGGAAGGUUACUAGGAAUUUACAGAGACUUAAUUCCCGCUGGUGGAGACGAAUAUGCUCCAAAUAAAAUAAACCUUUUCAUAAAAAUGUACACAAGCAGUACAGUAGCAAAAAAAGAAACCUUAAAAAUUAACGUAUUACAUAUUGUCUACGAGUAA